GGGUCCUCGGUGUCUGCGGCAGUCCCCGCACGCCACCGCCGCGCGCGCUUGCACACCGCGGCCCUGCCCGCUCUCCCGGCAGAAAAGGCGUCUUCUCCCGGUGAGAGGGCACUGAGGUUGGGGUAUCCCUCUGAGAGCCGCACAACCAGCAGCACGUUGAGGGAAAAAGCUGUUUUCCUUCGUUUUCAGUUUGCCGGGGAAGAAGUUUUUUGAUCCCUUUUUUCAGAAUGGAUUAUUUCCCCAUGAUUUUCUCUCUGCUGUUUGUGGCUUUCCACGGAGCUCCAGAAACAGCGGUCUUGGGUGCUGAGCUCAGCACGGGGGCUGAUAAUGGAGGGGAGAAGCCCUCUCCCAGUGCAUCGUGGCGGCCCCGCCGGUCCAAGCGCUGCUCCUGCUCUUCCUUGAUGGAUAAAGAGUGUGUCUACUUCUGCCAUCUGGACAUCAUCUGGGUCAACACUCCCGAGCACAUUGUUCCAUAUGGACUUGGAAGUCCUUCUAGGUCCAGAAGAUCCUUAAAGGAUUUAUUUCCUACAAAGGCUGCAGUCCACAGGAAUAGAUGCCAGUGUGCCAGUCAAAAAGACAAGAAGUGCCGGAAUUUUUGCCAAGCAGGAAAAGAACUCAGGGCUCAAGACACUAUGGAGAAAGGCUGGAAUAACCAUAAAAAAGGAAAAGACUGUUCCAAACUUGGAAAGAAGUGUAUUCUUCAGCAGCUAGUGGAAGAAAGAAAAAUCAGAAGGUUGGAGGCCAUCAGCAACAGCAUCAAAACAUCAUUUCGUGUUGCAAAGCUGAAAGCUGAGCUUGACAGAGAGCAGAAAGUGACCCACAACCGAACCGACUGAUGACAAACCUUCGGGGCCUGUCUGAAGCAUCGCCUCCAUAGAGAGAUCCUCUCUUCACACUGGCUGGGAUCAGAGCAGGAGUCUCCUCCCUACUUAAACCAUUUCUAGCUCCAAACUGGCAGAAGACCAGCGUCCUCGUUCUAAACGUUCCAAGAAAGGUUCAGGAGUUCCCUCAACCUGUCUCCAUUUGCUUCCAUUGGUGGUAACUUCUUUCGUCUCUUCUUUCAUUUGGGGAUGACAAUGGACCUUUCAGAAA